AUGCCGGUACCUUUGUCAACUGUCAAGCCCUCGAAAAGUAGGAGGAGGGAGACCCGAGAGGAGAGAAAGUCCGCAAAUAAUGAUCAACAGUUGUUGAUAGCACCUUAUGAAGUGGCCUCCACGAAGCCAAUCGACCUCACUGUGUCACAAUUCUUGGACAUGUACUCCAAGGGUAAGUGGAAUUUAUCCAAGGUGCCAUGCCCGCCAUGUUUCACGAACAAAGGGUUGAUGGCAGCGCCAGAAUGCUACUCUGAGAGAACCAGAACGGCUGAAGUCCAGUCGUAUCUCAGCCUCAAGCAUUGGGAUGAUCAUGACCUUUUCAAGCCCAUGUCAUCAAGGCUUAGAAAGAAACAUCAAAUGACUGGAUUCACAAUCUCGUUGAUCCACAAGUCAAAAGUUCUAGUCAAGCAUGAGACAAGAAUGAAUUACCGAGAAAUGCCACGGAAUGUAUCAUUGGAUUCCCAUAGUCUUCUUUCCAAAGACUACUUCUACUUGUUAGACGCUAGCAAGGACUGGAGAACUGCCAACAGUCCUCUAGUGGUGGGGAGACCCAAUAUCCGGUUGUAUUGUGGUGUCAGAAUCAUGAGUCCCAAAAACGAGCCUCUCGGAGUUAUUUCAGUGUUCGACAUUAAUGCCAGGAAACAAUUCCUGGAAGACAUGAUUCACGAUCUUCAUGUCGCUGCCCGUGAAGUCAUGAAGAUCUUGAACACCCCGUACGAAGAAAUCCUCGAAGAAAGAAGGCAGUCUCUAGAUUCAAUUGCACCUCAAAAAGCAGCCAGUGAUGUCGAAGAAGAGUUAAAGCAACUCUCGAUCAAGUUGGGCAGGGCCACGAGUACAAAUUGUGCAAUGUCAGUAUUUGAAAGGGAUGGAUCUGGAGCACCCUAUUCGCAAAACCACCAUUUUGUUCUGACCCUUGGCGACGACAACGAGGACAUCAUGCGUGGUUGCCUUGACAAAAAGCAGAGAAGAAGCUUGACAAAGAUGCUCUAUCGAGUGGGGUCGUUGACUCUGGCAGCAGAUAUGCUUUGUGAAUCAUUGGCUGCCAAUCUUAAGGCUGAAUUUGUCUUUAUCGUCGAAAUUAGAUCAGCGGAGUUGUACUCGGUGUCUAGCGAGUACUUUCCCAAGGGCCACACCAAGAUUGACGCAGAGCUGUUCAAGUAUGCUAACAAGCUUGUCAAGAGCAAACGCAUGAUGGAAGAGACUGACCGAGUGCUGACAAGGGUUUUGGGAACCUUCGGCAACGGCUACCUGACUAGCAAGUCGGAUCAUGACCUUUUCAUUAAGGCAUUUUCCAGUGAUUUUGGUCUCCAUUAUCUCAACCCACGCCGUUCUACCAGAUUCAACAGUGGCUGCGUGCUACCAUUCUACCGGUACAAUUCGAAGUUGUUGAUUUGUACUUGCGAGCAGGAGGUUACUUGGUUGGUGUUAUGA